CACAACAAGCAACAAAACACUCCCCAGUUUGACUGUCAUCUCAGCACACAAAAACAUGUCUUCCUCCAAGCGAUCAAGGCUCGCCGGAACUCCGAUAACCUCCACUUCCACUCAGCUGCCACCUAACUUCUUCUUCGGCGACCACGAACACUCCGUCAUCGUUGAGGCACUCACCAAUGUCGUCGUCGGUUCCACCUGCACUAUCUCUGCCGCCACCUCCAGCGAUCUCAUCCAAGAAAUUCGAUUUCCUCCUGCCUUUGAGUACUCCGAUGCCGUAUCCACCACCACGUCGCCACCAAUCGGAAUUGUUCCGACCAUGAGCCUCGAGACUUGCGGCGAAUGCAAAAUCGAAGGGUGCUUAGGGUGCAAAUUUUUUCCAGAGGAGAAAAAGAAAAAUGGAGGGAAAAAGAAGAUGGCGACGACGUCAUCGAAAAAGAAGAAGUACAGAGGAGUGCGACAGAGGCCGUGGGGAAAAUGGGGCGAGAUCCGAGACCCGAGAAGGGCGACCCGGGUUUGGUUGGGGACGUUCAAUACCGCGGAGGAAGCGGCACGCGCAUACGAUAAUGCGGCGAUUGAAUUUCGCGGUCCGCGAGCGAAGCUCAAUUUCCCGUUUCCCGAUAACUCACAGAGUGAUGCGCAUUCGCAAACAGAGCAUUUAGAAGUGGAACGCUCAGAGUCCGUGCUGGAGCAAGCAGAGGAGGGAAAUAGAAACUCAAAUCCUGGGGACUACUAUGACGAUGUUUGGACGAUGGGAAUUGGUAAUAGUAAGGAAAAUGAAUUCUGGGAUGGACUUGGAGACCCUGAAUUUCAGCAAUGGAUGACGACAAUGAUGAUGGAUUUACGUGGAGAUUCCUCGGACUCUGCUACUGCUAAUAGCCAAGUCCUCACAGUUGGUGAUUCUUUUCAUCCCAGAAAAAUCCAAAUAAAAAAUUGCACAAUUUACUUAAUUUAAAGUAGAGGGAUUUUGUCUUAUGUAAUUGUACUUUUCUUCCAGUAAUUUUUUCGGAAGAAUGGUGCAAAUUCUGUCUCUAUAGUUUGAGUGAAAAUGAAAAAAAAAAACAUAAAAAAAGAAUCGAAAUGUAUAAAGAAGUCUGAGGGAAAAUGCACUUGUACAAAUGUUUUCCGUAUAUAUAGCCUAGUAAGUGUACGUUUUUGGGUGAUUCAUCAAUUACUGACUUUGCUGAAUAAUUAAUUAUGUUGUCUGAGGACCAGGUCAUGCACUACG